GUUCUUCAGUUCAUCGCGAAAACAAAGGAACCCCCUUUUCACAGCAACAACCUCUCGACGCACAAAAACGCUCUAGCGGUAGCGGUCGUUACACAUUCUUUUUUCCCUUUGCAAUAGCGUUAUUUAUAUCCGUCACGCACGAGCAGCAGAAGCGAAACCUCGUUUUCUCCAACACCAUGCUGCGCAACCUUAUCCGUUACACCGGCCUGGCGCUGAUCGUUCUGAUCUUCAUCGCCAGCGGCGUGCAGAAACUUGCCGCCCCGUCUAUUGGUGCGGCCCUGCUGUCCAAGAGCAACUUUCCUCGCAUGCUCUCGUGGGUCGGCCUGUCUCUGUCGCCCUCGCAGUACCUUAACCUGAUUCGCGCUACGGGAGCCAUCUUUGUGUCUUUCUCGCUCUUUAUUCUGCUUGGCGUGGGCCGCAGUUUCUUUUCGUUCCUCCUGGCCAUUGGCACCGUCGUUAUCACCAUCGCCUUCCACGUGGAUCUCGAUGCUCCGGCAAGUACGUCGGAGGAGAACGCACAGCACGUCUUGAAGAACGUUGCGCUCAUCGGUGCGCUGCUCUUCGUGUCGGGCAGCGGCCACCGCAGCCGGCGUUACAUGAACGCGAGAUCUCCGAAUCAGGAUGUCAAGAAGAAGACGGAAUAA